UUCACCUCCAACACCAACCAUUAUCUGGCAUCAUUUGCCCGGAUUCAUCACUGGCAACAUAGCGAAAGCACAAUGUGAGAGAGCUAAGAAGAAAAUUUCUUGAGCUACGACGAUACUCAGGUGCUGGAUUUUGUUGAUCAAGUUCAAAAGUUAAGAUCUUGAUUUUCAGAAUAGCAACUAUUCAACUAUUGGGAUCUUGAGUUUUAUCAAAAUGAGGAGGCGUCAAGCUUUGAAACAUUCAAUUGCUCUUGUAAGCAUGUUGGUGUGUGUCUGUUGUUUUUUAAUCGUGACCAUGAUUGUUCUCAAGCUUCCAGACGCCCCAACAAAGGAAAGUGCAAUGGGGUUUUACCCAAUAACGAGAUCCAGAAAAGUUUCCCUUCAAGAUGGCAACUUGGGCAAGUUUGGAGAAAUGAUGAUUGACAUAUUGCCUCAAGAUCUUGUUUUUAUUGUGUUUGUUCCGUCCGAGGAAGCGUUUAAGCGAGAUCUGUGUCUGUUAGUGAACGAUUCUUUGAAAUCGGACAGGUUUAAUGAUACUUAUGCGAUUUUGACUCGUAUAUUGGGAUUUUCAACUGUCCCUCGUGCACUUCUUUCCUCUAAUGUGAAAUUGGGUGAGCUUGUGAACUAUGAUUCGUUAUCCGGGUUUCCCUUGUACAUUUCAAAAGACAUCGACGAAAUGCUUGUUGUUAACAGGAUUCGAUCAGAAAUAGUAGAUGUUAGAAAAAAAGAGAUUGUUGUGCAUCUUAUGGAUGGGAUUAUUAUGGAUGCUGAAUUUGAGCAAUCGGUUCUAUCUGACAAUGAUACAAAUGAGGAUUGAAUGUAUAUGGGAGAUGCUUAAUUAGUUAUUGUUGGAAAUAACAGUGUCCCUGGAACUCCAAGAAGCACAACCUUGGCUGAACUUGUAUUACCAGCAUCAUUCGUAAGGAUCAAUACACUCUAAAAUGAUUAUUAGCAAUGUGAAGGAUACAGAACUAUAGCAGAAAGGCCUUCUGGCUUUUCUUAGUGUUGUUCCUCAUUCAUAUAAAAUGUCAGCGCCAUUCUUCCCUCAAAAUAAACGGUCAAUUCCAAUGUUGGUUUAGUUUAAAGCGAAUCACUUCCUUUUGACUUCA